GCACCACUAAUUUCGUUCAGUCAGUCGUCUCACGCACGUCUGACAUCCAGGAGGGGCAAGCAGCAUGGGGGGCGAUCCUCACCAUACCUCACAGCGACAGGCUCGUUCGAAUCGUGCGAACGAGGAGAAGGAUGAAGGACCGUCCAUGCAGCAGAUCAAUGAGGAGUUCGUGACUCUCUACGAACUCCUGGAGAAACAGGGACUGAACGAGAGCGAAUGGGUGGCCGUGACGCAACCCAUCGUCGACGUGGUCCGCAAGGCCAAGGUCCGGCAGCGGGCGGCGAGGAUGGCCAAGUGGGUCUCCGUCUGCGCCGGCCUCCUGCUGGCCAUGCACCUCCUGCUGCAGAUUUCGUUGGUGCAGAAGGCCGGUCACGUCCUCUUCAGGCACUUCCUGCUGAUGAUCCUGCCUCGCUGGGACUGGACUCGCGUCUACUACUCCGACUGCUUCAUCUCCAACCCGUACUACGUGAGCCGGUCGCUGCUGGAGGAUGACUGCAAUGUGUGCGAAUCCCUCGAGAAGAUGGACCGGCUGUCGAACGUGUCGUCUUGGGUCGUCACGGAGGACUACCUGAAGAACGACAUCCCCUUCCUGGUCACCGACGCCAUGGACGACUGGCCCGUCAUGAACACGGAGGAGUUCUGGUUCGACAACGUCACGGAGAUGUACCUGAACGAGGACCUGCGCGGCGUGUACCCGUGCGAGCUCACGUCCAACCUCCGCCUCCGCCCGGACGACCUGCGGACCUUCCUCAAGAAGAUACACAAUCCCGACGUCCGGAGGUGGUACGGCCAUUGGGAGAACUGCAACAAGAAAGCAGCCAAGGUCCUGCGUCAGCUGUAUCGGCGCCCGUACUUCAUUCCGCACAUGGUCGACCUGUCGGACUCGAACUGGGUCCUCAUAUCGUCGGACUUCAAGGGGAAGGUUUACAAGGAGGUGGACUUCCACACGGAGCUCUUGUGGGUGGCGCAGGUGCGGGGCUGGAGCAAGAUUCGUCUCGUGCCCCGAGAACCCUGCGACCACUUCUGCCCCGAGCUGUUGGACACGCUGACCGAGGGGCAUAUGGUUGUGGUAACAAACCUAUUAUGGAAAUUCGAGUACAUCCCCGGAGAGCACACGGAUAACAUGGCCGUCGCAGUGGGAGGAUUUUGGACCUAGAGCCCCGCCGGCCGCUGCAGAAAUGCGUGGGCCAAGAAUUCCCCGCAUGGAUUUUCCUGAGCCAUAGGAAAUUGAAUCAAGAUAGGACUGAUGUCUUGCGAAUAUGUGUAUUUUUCUUCGCGCUUUUAUUCCUUUUUUUGGUUAUAUUGUUCCUAUUUUCAAAAUGACAGAGGGCCAAAAGACAGAAAAUUUAGGAUUUAAUAGGAUAUACGAGAGGUAUGAGUAAUAUAAUGUACCUCUGUUAUAGAAGUCGCACAAAUUAGACCAAAGAAUUAAUAAAUUAAAUCUGACAAAAUUCUCAUUAGAGUCAUCAAACCCUUCAGGUCUAGUCAUCCGUCAUCGCACGAAGCUUGUUCAAAACCCAUUCUUCCUUAACAUCAUGUAACAUUACAAAUUCACUUGGAAAGCAUGUUCAUAAUGCAUUACCUUCAUUUCAUGCGUCACCUAUGUAGCAUUUCCAAAGACGGAAAAAGUAAUGCUUCUGAUGUCUUUAUUUCAUUGAUUUUCAUCACUUUUAUCAUUGGCUCUCCCUCGGAUAUUAGGAUAAGAUUACAUUCCUACAGGUAGUCCGUAGUGUAAAAGAUGUCAUAUUUCAUAGCGUAAAAAGGACGAAAAAGAACCAUGAAUGGUUGUGAGGGAAGAGAGGAUUUUAAGAAUAUUAGAUCUACGAUGUUACUUAUUGCAUCUAUUAAAUUUUAUGUUGUUUUUUUCGUUACGUUAAGAUGUGUAUAAUCAUAUUUGUUAACUAUGAUCUCAGUUUUAGGUGACAGAUGUUCAUAAGUAUGUUAUGUCAAAUACGAACAGGUUUUGUAUUUCUUAAAACAAUCAGUGCUGUGGUAGCAUCAGUACCUUCAACAUGAAAUAUAUAUACGAUAAAAAAGAGUAUAUGAUUCUCCUUUUAUAGGGAAAAUGUACAAAUUUUGCGUUUUAAUGACUGGAUACACGAAUGCACUUAAAGGUUGUCUGUGUUCUUCAACAUGGGUAUCAAAAAGUAUUUAUGUCUUUUCUUCAAAUCAUGAUAAAUGGAUGAUUUCCUUGGAAUAUUUUAUUUUUGGUGACAUUUUGUUUAUAUUUGACGCCGUUAAGCAUUGGAGAUAAAACAUGGAAGUAUGUAAGGAAAGAGGUAAUAAAAGGCAGAUAUAA